UUGCUUUUUGUGGCUCCAGGUGAACGAAAUCUACCAUGACGAUUCUUUGGGAGCAAAAAUCAAUGUGGUGCUGGUGCGGAUAAUCAUGCUGGGCUACGGCAAGUCCAUGAGCCUGAUUGAACUUGGGAACCCAUCUCAGAGUCUGGAGAACGUGUGUCGCUGGGCCUUUCUGCAGCAGAAGCAAGACACGGGAGACGCCGAGUAUCAUGAUCACGCCAUUUUCCUGACACGCCAAGAAUUUGGGCCCACGGGCAUGCAGGGUUAUGCUCCGGUGACGGGGAUGUGCCACCCGGUGAGGAGCUGCACUUUGAACCACGAGGAUGGUUUCUCUUCUGCCUUUGUGGUGGCCCAUGAAACCGGGCAUGUGCUUGGGAUGGAGCACGAUGGCCAGGGGAACCGCUGCGGAGACGAGGUGCCCAUGGGCAGCAUCAUGGCUCCUCUGGUGCAAGCUGCCUUCCACCGCUUCCAGUGGUCCAGAUGUAGCAUGCAGGAGCUGGGACGCUACCUUCAUUCCUACGACUGUCUCCGGGACGACCCGUUUGACCACAACUGGCCGUCGCUGCCUCAACUUCCUGGUUUGCACUACUCCAUGAAUGAACAGUGUCGUUUUGACUUCGGUGUGGGCUACACCAUGUGCACCGCGCAGCUACAAAAGGUGGGCCAGACGGGAUCGCAGUACCGUACGUUUGACCCCUGCAAGCAGCUGUGGUGCAGUCACCCAGACAAUCCGUUCUUCUGCAAAACCAAGAAGGGGCCACCCAUUGAUGGCACCAUGUGUGGGAAUGGAAAGCACUGCUUCAAAGGUCAUUGCAUCUGGUUGACUCCGGACAUCAUGAAGCAAGAUGGAAACUGGGGAUCAUGGAGCGAGUAUGGCCAGUGCUCACGAACCUGCGGGGGAGGAGUGCAGUUUCGCACCAGAAACUGUGACAAUCCCAGCCCGGCCAAUGGUGGCCGGCCCUGCAGAGGGGCAACUUACCAGUUCCAGAUGUGCAACACCAAUGAAUGUGAAGACAUUUACAGUGAUCCCAGGGAGGAGCAGUGCCACGCCUCAGAGUACAUCAACAAGCACCUCUGGCUGCCUUAUGAACACCCAGACCCUAACAAACGCUGCCACCUGUACUGCCAGUCAAAGGAGACCAGAGAUGUGGUCUUCAUGGAGAAACUGGUGCUGGAUGGCACGCUCUGCUCAUACAAGGACCCGCACAGUGUGUGCGUGCGUGGCGAGUGUGAGAAGGUGGGCUGCGAUGGCGUGGUGGGCUCCUCGAAGCAGGAGGACAAGUGUGGCGUGUGCGGAGGCGACAACUCCAGCUGUAAAACCUUUAAAGACACAAUCAUGCGGACUGCUAAAAAGCAGGGCUUCCUUAAGGUUCUUGAAAUCCCCAGAGGAGCGAGGCAUUUACUCAUUCAGGAGCUGAAAGCCACCUCACACACUUUUGCUGUUAAAAAUGUGGCAUCAGGACUGUUUUUUCUGAACGGCGAAAACGACUACCCCGAGUCCCGCUCUGUGAUAGAGAAGGGCGUAGAAUGGGAGUAUGAGAACGACAACGACAAGGAAACAGUCCAGACCACAGGGCCCCUCAGACAUGGAAUUCUAAUAAUGAUGAAAUUGCAUGGCGACGAGGAUGUCAAUUUGUCGUAUAAGUACAUGAUGAAUAUGGACGGCGAUUCGAACAUUCAGGACAACAUGCUGGUAGAGGACAGUGCCUACGAAUGGGCUCCGAAGAGAUGGUCUUAUUGCUCCAAAGCUUGUGGUGGAGGGAAACAGUAUCUGCGAUAUGGAUGCAGAAGGAAAGUUGACAGCAAGAUGGUUCACAAAAGCUUCUGUAAUAAGUCCAACAUGAAGCCCAGAGGAGACAUAAGAGACUGCAACCAGAAGCCUUGCCCUCCACCCAUCUGGGUGACAGGAGAGUGGCAGAACUGCAGUAAACCCUGCGGAAAGACAGGGAUGCAAGUACGCUCCGUUACCUGUGUUCAGCCUUCGGAGGACAACACGACGCGCCUCAUACACAAUAAACACUGCAGCGACGACCGUCCUGAGUCCCGCAGGUCCUGCAACCGAUAUCCCUGCCCCACGCAGUGGAGAGUCGGACCCUGGUCACAAUGUUCAGUGACUUGUGGAAACGGGACGCAGCAGAGGCAGGCACUGUGCCACACCAGGGACAACACCAUAGGACUCUGUCUAGACAGCAAGCCUGACACCAUCAGAGUUUGUCGCCUGGAACCAUGUCGCAAGGGCUCAUCAGACCUCAACAAGAAUGGCAACAUUCUGAUCCAGUGGCUUUCCCGCCCCAACCCCAACUACCCAAGGAUCUCAUCACGUAAAACCUCCCUCUAUAGCUCCCAGCCCGGCCUUCACAGCGACAGCCGCAGCCGCAUGUCUGUCCUCUGCUGGGCCCUGCCCAUCUCUGUCCUCCUGUCUCUGCAGGGCCGGCCCCGGCUGGCCCCCUGACCUGCCCUUCCUGCUGCGCCUUGUGCCUGUGCCCACGCCCGUAUGAGCGAGCGGCAAAGCUUUCGCUUCUCUUUUGGGGGGGUGGGGGGGAUUGUUCUCUCUCUCUCUCUCUCUGUGUCUGAGGCGGCUCUGACCGGGGGAGGUCUCUGGCUCCUGUGUGUGCUAGUUGGUUCUCUCUUGCUCUGUCUCUCUUUAUCUAUCUCUCCUCUAUGGAGCAUUGUGUUGUAACCGCUGGCCAGUCGAAAACUUAAAAGAUCAACAAAAAUUUUGGUGUGAAGAGGAUUUUAAGUGGCAGACGGGUUUUCGCUGACACCUCCUGUGACGUGUCAAAGGGGCCGUUCAUGUGUGAGGGGACCCACUCUCCUCUCUGCAUUUGGCAGCCAUGUUUAGCGCGAUGUUAUGGGUUACCACACCUGAGACGCAGCAGGGCUUUUCUUUCUUUUUUCUUUUUUUUUUUUCCCUUUUGUAGCGCACUGUCAGUGUGGGAGAAAAAAAAAUCAGAAAUGGUAUAUAAAUAUCUAUAUGGAAAAAAAAGUAUUUAUAUCUAAAAAACAUAAAAAUAUGAAAGCUUUAUUGUGAAUGUGAUCUGAGGACAUCUUUGCUAAAGUGCUCAUCUUGACAUCUCGGUUCCAUUCGGGGAUGAAAAUGGCGCUCCCAUUUCCAGAUUGACAAGAACUCAGCACAGUGAAAAGAUAUAAGGGGAUCUUUUUUUGUUUUGUUUUGUUUUGUUUUGGUUGAUUUUAUUUUUUGCAAAGUGAACUGAGGAGUUAAAAAUUGUGAAGUACGUCUGAUAAGAAGAAAAAAAGAAUUUAAAAUAAAAAAAAUACAGGGUAGUUUGACCACUUGAGGUUGCUUCCCAUUCCACCUCAUCAUCAGCCAUCCUCUCUUUGACUGUUAUACAAAAGUUCAAUAAAUGCAGCUUAUUUGUGCUUGCAGACUUUAAACAAAUACAUCUAUAAAUAUAUUUGUAUUUAUAUAUACCUAUAAAUCUAAAUCUAUAUGAGUACCAAUAAUAUUAACAACGUUUUACCAUGAAUAAGCUGUAGCUUAUUUGCCUAAAACCUUUGGACUGCUAUUGAUCGCUUAGAUCCUUGACUGUUAUGUGUAUUUUUUUAAUGAUUUUACAUGAAUACAGAUAAAUAUUUAAUAAAGGCAAAGUGUUUUGUGGGGAACGGGUUUGACCCAUAUUAUGCAGGACUUGGUCAGUUAGUUGCCUCUCCAUUCGCUCAGAUGGAUCAGUGGUUUUACUGUUGCUUCUUGUUUUUUUUAUUUUUUUUUUUAUUGUUUUUUUUUUGUUUUUUUUUUUUUUUAGGAUAGGAUCAUGUUUUGUCAUGCACAUUUGCAUCCAUCACCUGGAUGUUUGGACACAUGUCUGUGCGAGCGUGCAUCUGUCCCACGUGCGAGUCCACGAGUGCGUGUGCGCGAGGGUGGAUGUGCGUCUUGUCACGUGCGAGCGAGUGUGCGAGGGUGCUAAAUCAUUUGGGCUUUUAACACACUGCGAUCAGAUACAGAAAUACCUCAUAAACUUUGAUUUCGAGAGCGUCCAGUGGUCUCACUUUAUGUUUUUGUCGAACAUGAACAAUGCCUUAUCUUGGAUUGAAUGUAACGGCAUUUAUCUGUGAAAGAGAUGGCUUUACUCAUUCAAAGUUUCACUCGGAAUAGAGGCAGCUUCAAACCAACGUAAAAUCACACCCGCCAACCAUCAAAACCUACCAAGCUGACGUCGGACCAGUGUCCGACUACCGGAAAGGAUUUUCAAAAGGGCCUAGGGUACUGACACAUUUGGCAUCUUGGAGAACAAAAAAAAGAAAGAAAA